AUGUCACGAAAAGAGAAAGAGUUGAAAGAAUUGGUAACGGAACAACCGAACUCGCUCACAAUCGGGCCUCCACAAGACGCCAGCUCGUACCACUUGAUUGAACCCUUUUCUUAUCUUUUGUCGAGUCACAAGCAGGAGUCACAGCAUGCACCAGCAACAGCGCUUCUUAUACUCAACCAGGAAAUCAACGUUGACCUAGUACGACUAUGGCAGCUCGCUGACGUUGUGGUGUGCGCAGAUGGCGCAGCCAACAGAAUCUACAACUACUUUGCUACCACAUCAAAUCAAGCUGAAUAUAUCCCAAACUACAUCGUGGGCGACUUUGACUCCCUCAAACCUGAGAUCGGCAGGUAUUAUGAAUCCAGAGGCGCGAAACUAAUCCGCCAGUCGUCGCAAUACGCCAACGACUUUAACAAGGCCAUCUUUUGCAUCCAGCUUCAUUUCUUGUACAUCAAGCACAACACGCAAUGGCCCAAAGAGAUUGAUACCGACUCAGGCUUGUCCACGACAUUCCAGGACAAAUUCCAGAACCAGAGCUCGAUCCCGAUAAAGAUCUACACCUUGUCCGCGAUUGGUGGCCGUUUCGACCAAACGAUACAGUCAAUAAAUCAACUAUACAUCUUGCAUCAAGAAUCGCCCAAUUUGGAGGUGUUCUACCUCACGCAAAACGACAUACUUUUUCUUUUGUACAAGGGUGUCAACUAUGUAGCGUACCGGGGCAAAACAACGUUUAGCAAAAACGGCGAUACCACGCCUCCAACGUGUGGAUUGUUGCCCUUGAGCAGCAGGGCGGUGGUUUUGUCUACUCAUGGGUUGAAAUACGACGUGACGCAAUGGACUACCCAGAUGACGGCCUAUGUCAGCUCAAGCAACCGAAUUGUUGGUGAGAAUGGUUUCACUGUGCACUGUUCUGAUGAUAUUUUGAUGAAUAUAGAGAUUGAUUUAUAG